AUGGCGCUGCUGGGUUCCGACGGCAGCGGAGAGACCGGCGAUCUCCCGCCAGCCUUCCCGCGCAAACCUCGCAACGCCUCUCGUCGGAACCCCUGCGUCACGGCCACGGGCCAUUGCAUCGCCGCUCUGGUCCGGCUCCUGCGGGCCCUGCUGUGCCCUAUAGUCGGCUGCCACAAGCGGUUCCGGGGCGUCUUCGCCCUGUUGCGGCUGAUGCCCAUCGUUGUCGAGUUCAUCGUGCUCGGCUGGGAGUACCACACGUACGUGCUGGUGAUGUGCCGCCACCUGCUGGUGGACAGCGGCCUGGCCUACAGGCUGUCGCGCCUGCUCGGCUUCCACGUCACGCUGUUUGGCGCGCUGUGGCCUUUCGAGCGGCUGCUACGCACGCCGCUCAAGCCGGUGCCCGUCUGCUUCUACGUGAUGCAGCGCAUGGACAGCGACGACCGGCGCCGGCGCUACUGCUACCGUUGUCACGUGAUCAAGCCCGACCGGUGCCACCACUGCCAGAUGUGCGGCACGUGCGUGCUCAAGAUGGACCACCACUGUCCCUGGUUCAACACGUGCGUCUCGUUCGCCAACUACAAGUACUUCAUCCUCUUCCUCUUCUACUCGUUCGUGCACUGUGCCUUCGUGUCCUGGACCACGUUUCCCCACUUCGGCAUCACGCCGCGCCUCGUUCUGGGCUUCUGGCCCGAGCUCAACAUCACCUUCCUCUUCCUCCUGUCGCUAUUCUUCGGCCUGGCCUUCGUCGGUCUGCUGCUCUACCACCUGUUCCUCCUGUGCUUCAACUGCACCACGCUGGAGAUGAUCUCGCGGCAGGGGUUUCGACGCUACGACGUCGGCGUGUGCAGGAACAUCGCGCAGGUGAUGGGACCGCGCAAGCUGCUCUGGCUGGUGCCCGUCUACACCAGCCUCGGAGACGGGGCAGUCUUUCCCCUGCGCUCGGACGUCGCCAAAAACGCGUGGGCGGUGUGAGCCUGCAACGGGCGCGCUCGUUUGCGGGAGUACGUCUGGCUGCGUAUUUGUGACCAAUGGGAACGUGAAGCGACCCGGUUGGGACACAUGGUUCGUGAUGCAAGUUGGCAUGCGCGUAUGGCGUGGAGUAAUAUUUGCGAACUGUCAAGGCCGCCUUCCACGGGAGACCUCCGCCGGCCUAAAGCGAGGAGUAAACGUGGUUCUUUCUUUC